AGCACCGCAUCGUCCCCAUUCCGGUUCCCCUCGCCCGAUCGACGAGUUCCAUUGACUCCCCACUCAACCCCGGGCAUGGCCGAAUCCGGCGAGUCGGCCACCAAGAUGGCCAACGGCGAGGUCUCCGACGGCCGCGCGGUGGAAGUCUCCGGCGAGGACACGCUCCCCGGGGUGCUCCGCAGCUUCGUCGACGGCGUCUGGUCGCCCGGCGCCGACGGGGACCCGCUGCUGCGCCGCCUCCGGACGGCGUCCUGCGAGAGCGCGCCGCGGCUGCGGGAGGCCUCCAAGAACUCGGCGCGCGACCUGCUCGCCUGGACCAAGCAGGGCAGCGGCCUCCGCGCUAUCCUCGUCAUCUCGGUUGGAACGAUUACGCUGAUAGCACUGACUGGCCUGCUGAUCUUCAUGUCCUUCCUUCUGGUUGCAACCGCUAAUGCCAUCGUUGUUUCAGUCCUUAUGUCCUUGGCGGCUGCUGGAGGAUUCUUGGCUCUAUUCUUUGCUUGCUUAGUUGCAGUGUAUGUCGGAGCAGUAUCAGUUGCUAUAUUCGUCAUUUCGGCCACGGUUAUCUCGGCAAUUGUUGCAGUCAUGAUUGCUACUGGUUGGAUUGGAUUCUUUUGGACGAUAUGGUUUGCUGCAAGGAAGAGCAUGGACCUUACCAAGCACUCCAUCGGCAUGACAACUUCUGCUAUGCAAUCAUAUUCAGCUUCUCGGCAUGUGAGAGAGAAGCCCGCAGAAUGAGAUGGCCAUUUGCUGCCUCAUGCUGUAGUUGCAUCCAGGCCGAGCUGCUGUGUUUAUGUACUUCCUGAAGCUAUGCCCUUUGUGAAUUAAGGCUUGCGUAGUAUAGCUCUUCAAGGGUAGGGUACAUGCGACCGUUUCCUGUAUAUUGGUCCAAUAAGCCAAGCUGUGGGAUGUUAUGUGAUCUUCUGGACAGUGAGAUAGCCGAUGUUGGCCGUUGAGUAUGGAAAUAAGAUGUGAUGGUGUGCUAUAAAA